UGAGAGAGCUUGUGUGUGUGUGUGUGUGUGUGUGUGUGUCCAGAACUACACAAACCACCCUGCUCCUGUAAAUCAUAUUAAUGUCUGUGAAUUCCUGUCCUCUGGCGGACAAGAUGUGAGUGAAACGGAAAUCGAUAGGGGAGGAUCCUCGCGGGAGCAGGCUUUAUACAAUCUGUUAACCCUCGCACUGCUCCUGUCCCAUGCGGGGACAUGGUUGAAGGACGGGAACACGUUUUUUCCCUACUAUAUUAGGGUACUACUUUAUUAUUCUCAGCACUAUCGAAAAAGAUCAGGAAAAGAGGAGUGAGAGGAACAUAAAGGUUUUCCAAAACGAGAGGUCUGGGUGAACGGCAUAGGGCGACCGGGGCCAGGGCUCCUUGCUGAUCCGGUGUAAAUAUGACGUCUCUGUUCGGUUCUGCUCGCGCUCUGAACGCUGUUCUGAUCAAAGACAACCCGGGAUAAUAGAAAAAUACUCCAGGGACCUCAACACACACAAGCACACACACUCACACACACACCACAGAGCGCGCGGCACAGCACAAACCAAUCCAGCAUGACAGCGCGAGCAGCAGCGGUGGAGCUCACCACAGACGGGCAACAUACCUCUUCAUCAGCAUGAGAUGAGGUCUAGAGACUUGUUAAUAAAGUUGUAUCGGUCAUUCAUUUAUCCAGCCAGACUUCUACGGCCGCUCGGUCGGCACCUUCAGCAGAGGAGCACCAGAUAUAAAACAGAAGAAGACGCACGGUGCUGGGAACUACUGCACUUGUGAAAAGAAGACGCACUGUCAGGGGAAAGUUGUGCGCAGCACCGGAGCUGGGGGAUACCUAUUUGGAAACGGACAGACGACGCACUGCGAGGACAACAAGCGGUGUUGUGUGUAUUGGAGUGUGUGUGUGUCUAGUUGGAGUGUGUAUUGUAGUGAGGGAGUGUGUGUGUGUGUGUGUGUAGUUGAAGCGAUUAAAAGGUGUUUAAUUCUGGAACACGCAGCAGCGGGAUCGGCUUCUGUUUCACCUGGAACCUGCGAGUCAACAACACAACUCAGGGUAGUGCGAGGUGACUCUGCGAGGGGGAAGGCGUGCUCCCCUGGGGGGUAGGAGCGAUGAGCGCCCUGCGUAUCCCGGUCCUACUGGCGCUGCUGGUCCUACUGCUGACUGCUGGCUUCUGCAAACAGAGCUUCCUGGACGUGAGCAAAGGGGCACGGACGGACGGACACAACCUCCUGGAGCUCAUCAUGGACAAGGUGCGUCUGACUCGGCAACAGGACGAGGUACACGUCCGUUACCCCGCCAAAAAACAGGAGUUCACCUUGGAGACCAAGGAGGGGAAUGAAGUGAACAAGUCUCACCAUGGAGAACACAUCAUAGAGGUGUUCCCCAGAGACCUGAGACAAAAAGAAAAGUUCCUCAAACACCUAACAGGUCCUCUAUUCUUUAACCCAAGGUGCAGGAAACACUUCUAUAGACUAUACCACAACACCAGAGACUGUACCAUCCCUGCCUACUAUAAGAGGUGUGCCCGUCUUCUCACCAGACUGGCAGGCAGUCAGAGGUGUACAGAGAGGUAGAAUACCCUGAGCCCAUGAAAGAGAGAAGUGCCUUGAAAAGCAACGGGGAAUUGAGAUUGUUGGUUACGUUCGCACCACAGACUGCCACUGUUUGCAGAGAGCUCACACAAUACUCUACUCUACAUUCUAAAUGGUGCAUAUGAAGAGACUUGUUGGACUGAAGAAAAUACAUCCUCAUAGUUCUACUGCCAAAAACCAUGACGACACAACACGUGGAUACUAGUUUGGAUACUAGUUUACGACACUUGGAUUAUAUUUUUCGUACAACAGGCCACUCUCUGGGACUGCUUCAGUGGUCAUCGACAUGCCUUCACGUUUUAAUUAGAGUUUUUAAUCAUUUUGCUUCUGGAUUACGGUUGGAGAUUGGACGGUGGUCUCUGAGCUGCGGUGGUUGUGUGUUGUGGGCAGUGGCUUCAGACUGAAAUAUAGACAGUAGUCUUGAUCUUCUCUUCAGCUACAUUCCACAAAAGUGAACUAAUCUAAUCCCUAAUGAAAUGACUGAUUGAUCGCCUGGUGAUAAUCUAAACCCUGAUGGAAUGGUAGCUGGUAGCCUGGUGGUCUGCAACAGGACUCUCAUGCUACCUCAGCAGGUAUACUCUGCCCUACUGCAGAAAGUCAACUCUGACAUUUUGGACAUUACGGACACUGCAUGAAGACUAGUGUUGCAAAAUUCUGCUAAUUUUCCUCAAGUUCCCUUCGUUUUCCAGAAAUCCUGUUUGGAAGAUUGUUGGAAUCAAGCAGGAAAUCUGCGAUUCAUCCAAUCAGUUACAGGAAUUUUUCAGCCCCAAUGAGGACCAAUCUGAAUUCACUGUCUAUUCUCUACUACUGGCUAAACCUACACAGUGUACUUCUGGCUAAACCUACACAGUGUACUACUGGCUAAACCUACACAGUGUACUUCUGGCUAAACCUACACAGUGUACUUCUGGCUAAACCUAUACAGUGUACUUCUGGCUAAACCUACACAGUGUACUUCUGGCUAAACCUACACAGUGUAGUACUGGCUAAACCUACACAGUGUACUUCUGGCUAAACCUACACAGUGUACUUCUGGCUAAACCUACACAGUGUACUACUGGCUAAACCUACACAGUGUACUUCUGGCUAAACCUACACAGUGUACUACUGGCUAAACCUACACAGUGUACUACUGGCUAAACCUACACAGUGUACUUCUGGCUAAACCUACACAGUGUACUACUGGCUAAACCUACACAGUGUACUACUGGCUAAACCUACACAGUGUACUACUGGCUAAACCUACACAGUGUACUUCUGGCUCAACCUACACAGUGUACUACAGGCUAAACCUACUGCAUGAGGCUCUGGUGCAAAGUAGAUCACUUGCUAGAGAAUAGGGUGUAGUUUGGGACUCGUCUCAGUUUGCAUCUUAGUCUCUGAAAUAAACCUAAAGAAGCGACCGAU